CCGCCCUGGGAGCGCCGAGCCGGGCGCGCGCCGAGCGGCUGCCCCCGGGCGCGGGCGCGGGCGCGGGCGGGGCCCCCGCGUGGAGCUUGGGACCCGCGCCCCUCAUGUCCGUCCUGCUGAGCCUGUGCGCGCUGCUCCCGGCCCUGGCCACCCCGGGCCCAGGCGCCCGGCCAUGGCAGCCCUGCACCGACCUGCGGCCCCUGGACGUCCUGGCAGAGGCGGUCCCUCCCGACGGCACUGCGGUCGGGGUCAGGGUGGUGCAGGUCCAAGGUGCGCGAGGACUCCAGCUCUCCGCCGCGGCCCCCCGCGCCCUGAGCUUCCCUGCGUCAAGGAUGUUCUUCAGAUGCGACCUCUUCCCGGAAGAAUUUUCCAUCGUCGUAACCUUGAAAGUUCCCAGUCUCCCCCCUAAGAAGAACGAGUACCUGCUGGCGGUGAUGCUGGAGGAGCGGGACUCGCUGCUGCUGGGCCUGCGCUACUCGGCCAGCCGGCUGCACCUCCUCUUCCGCAGCGAGGCCGGCCCGGGUGCCUGGCAGACCCGCGUGUCCUUCCGCAGCCCGGCGCUGGCGGACGGCCGCUGGCACGUGCUGAUCUUGGCCGUGUCCGCGGGCUCCUUCUCCCUCACCACGGACUGUGCCCUCCCCGUGGACGUAACGGCUGACACGCCCUUCCCGGCCACCCUGUCGGUGCAAGGAGCCCGGUUCUUCAUUGGCAGCCGGAGGAGGACCAAAGGCCAGUUUACGGGCCUGGUGAGGCAGCUGGUUCUGCUGCCCGGCUCGGACGCCACGCCGAGGCUUUGUCCCUGCAGGAAUCCUGAGCUCGCCCUGCUGUCCACCCCCCCUGUCCUGCGGGGCCUCCCGGGGAGGCCGGGAGAUCAUGAGGUGCUAAAGUAUCCCUACGAAACCGACAUGAAGGUGACCCUGGGGUCCCGGCCUCCGUGUACCAAAGCGGAGGACGCCCAGUUCUGGUUUGACGCCAGCCGCAAGGGGCUGUACCUGUGCGUGGGCAGCGAGUGGGUCUCCGUGUUAGCAGCCAGAGAAAGGCUGGACUACGUGGAGGAGCACCAGAGCCUGUUCAUGAACGCGGAGACGCUGGGCAUCGAGGUCUUCGACAUCCCCGAGGCCGGGCUCUUCGUGGCAGCCGCCAACCGGAAGACCACGUCCGCCAUCUACAAAUGGACCGACGGGAGGUUUGCCUCGUACCAGGACAUCCCCACGCACCAGGCACAGUCCUGGAGGCAUUUCACCAUCGGAAAAAAGAUCUUCCUGGCUGUGGCUAAUUUUGAACCGAAUGAAAAGGGUCAGGAGUUCUCCGUCAUUUACAAGUGGAGCCAGAGAAGGCUGAGGUUCACGCCAUACCAGAGGGUCCCCACCCACAGCGCCCGGGACUGGGAGGCCUUCGAGGUGGCCGGGGAGUACUUCCUGGCUGUGGCCAACCACCGGGAAGGCGACAACCACAACAUCGACAGCGUCAUCUACAAGUGGAACCCGGGCACCCGGCUCUUUGAGGCCAACCAGACCAUCGCCACCUCCGGCGCCUACGACUGGGAGUUCUUCACGGUGGGGCCCUACGCCUUCCUGGCCGUGGCCAACGCCUUCAACGGCACGUCCACGCGGCUGCAGUCCCACCUGUACGUGCGGCUGGGCGGCUCCUUCCAGCUCUUCCAGUCCUUCCUGACGUUUGGCGCCGCAGACUGGGAGGUGUUCCACAUCGGGGAGAGGGUCUUUCUCGCCGUGGCGAACAGUCACCGCUACGACGUGGAAAUGCAAGUGCAAAACGACUCGUACGUCAUCAACUCCGUCAUCUACGAGCUGAACGUCACGGCGCAGACGUUCGUCCGGUUCCAGGAGAUCCGCACCUGCAGCCCCUGGCACCCAGCCGUCGGCUUUCUUUCCCUUGGGUCCCCCGUUCUGGACACUGCCUGUGGAUGGACUACGUAGGACGUGGCCUCUUGUGUGGCUUCUUUCACGUGGCACGUGUGCAGGUUGCUCCACGUGGCACCUCAGCGCUUCCCUCCUUCCAGUGACUGAGGGGCGGGCCCGGCGUCGGCUCACCACGCUCUGUGAGCCCCUCCUCCGUUGAUGGUCGUUUGUCUGUUUCCACCUGCUGCCCGCGUGGCGCGGUUCAGAAGAGUAACCGUAUGCUUCAAAGGGCCGGCCACGGGCUCACCGUCCUGCUCUUUGGAGGCAGAACAGGAAGUCACCCCAGAUGCUUGUUCCUCUGGGAUAAGCCCAGGCAGCUUCUGACGUGAGCCGCGGGGCAGACAGUGUAAGCCAAUGCUUCUCUGCGGCCCUGGUUUUAGAGCCCAGUUACGGUUGGCAGGAUACAGCACGUGGGGCCACACGGCUGCCCCGCCGCCCACAGCCACACUGCAUGCCACUCCUCAGUGGGCAUGGCACGGCCCCCACUUGUUUUGAAUGACCGAAUCAUAACCGGCCAUGGCUGGAAGUGGCCCAGGAAAGGAGCCCAGACCAGGAGGAGGGAAGCACUGAGGGGCCCCGAGGCCCCCACUGGCCUCAGCCCUGGUGCAUGUCCCGAGGUUCCUCCAUGGGCCCUCUCGCGUCCAGGGUCCUGCUGGAGCUCUAGGCAGUGCCCUCGAUCCCCACUGAGAAGGAACCCAAGGGUGGGUGUCGACUGAGAGAGAGUGGCCCUCUGCUGCCUGAACAGGCCAUAGCCCUGAGGCCAGUGGACACAGACGCACCAGCCUGGCCUUUGGCAUCCAAGUGACUCCCACUUGCUGCAAGGCUGUGGCCUCAGUUUCCUCAUUUGUAAAGUGGACACGGGGCCUGCAGUAAUCAGGGAGGUGAUUGGGACCCACGGCUGAUGCCCAGGCUGGCCUCCUGGGAGGGACGGGGCUCCGGAGUGUCCUUCCGGGAAGCUCCUGUCAGAUCCCUGGGAACGGAGGCAUCUCUGAGCACAGACUCAGCCUUAGCAAGUUCAGGAGGGCUUGUUGAAGACAGGAUGCAGUGGUGUGUUUGCAGAAAGGACCACAGCUUCCAAUGUAGGGAACGUCUCUAUGUUAGCAGACCCUGCUGUCACCUGAGAAGGUGUGGGUGACGGGGUGAACUCAUGGCCGGCGCCCUCAAGUUCCCGCCUCCAGGAGGCGCUGCAGGCCUUCAAGGAGUGACCUUGAGCUUGGGGCUGUUCCUCUGUCUCAAGCUCUUCAAAGUGAGCAACUUUGCACACGUUCAUUGCCUCCGUGUUCACAUUCGUGACCCACGUGUCCAUCGGCAGAGGAAAGGACAAACAGAAUAGGGUCCGUUCCUACAGUGGAAUAUAAUUCAGCCUCAGAAAGGAAGGACACUCUGACACCUGCCGCGGCACGGAUGAACCCUGAGGACACUGUGCUCAGUGACAUCAGACAGUCGAAGAAGGAGAAAUGCUGUCUGAUCCACGGAUACGAGGUCCCUGGAGGAGUCAGAUUCAGAGACAGAA